GCCCCAGAGGCUACCUCUCCCCCAUUUCUAUAGGAAUAGACUGCACAGGUGAUUCAGACUGAGAUCAUAUUGGAAUAAGGGGCACCUUUCUAGGUGGAGCAGACCCCUCUCCUUGUCCUGCUACAAGCCGCUUCUGCCUGACACAGUGGGAUUGCUCAGCAGCGGGACCAGCUCCUUCUGCAGACUGUCAGAGAAGCUGCGGCUAUUUUCACUAUGAAAUAUUGCUGAGGCCUGACCUCAUCCUUGCUGCGGUUCGCAGUAGAGAGACGUGGUCUCCGCCAAGGUAACUUAAGUGAAACUAAGAUAACUAAGUCAACAGAAGGAGAGCUCAGGGAGAGAACUGUGGAUCUUCAGACUCCUGAUGAGACUACAGGGGCUUCUUUAAUACCGAUAACAUCCUUUUGGCUCUCGGAGCAGCGCCAUGGCGGUCGGAAGGAACAAGCGCCUUACGAAAGGCGGUAAAAAGGAAGCCAAGAAGGAAGUGGUUGACCCAUUUUCUAAGAAAGAUUGGUAUGAUGUGAAAGCGCCAGCUAUGUUCAAUAUAAGAAAUAUUGGGAAAACACUAGUCACGAGAACUCAAGGAACCAAAAUCGCAUCUGAUGGCCUCAAGGGUCGUGUGUGUGAAGUGAGCCUUGCUGAUCUGCAGAAUGAUGAAGUUGCAUUUAGAAAAUUCAAGCUUAUUACUGAGGAUGUUCAGGGCAAAAACUGCCUGACUAAUUUCCAUGGCGUGGAUCUUACCCGUGACAAAAUGUGCUUCAUGGUCAAAAAAUGGCAGACCAUGAUUGAAGCUCACGUUGAUGUCAAGACUACCGAUGGUUAUUUGCUUCGUCUCUUCUGGGUGGGUUUUACUAAAAAAUGCAACACUCAGAUUCGGAAGACCUCUUAUGCCCAGCACCAGCAGGUCCGCCAGAUCCGCAAGAAGAUGAUGGAAAUCAUGACCCGAGAGGUGCAGACAAAUGACUUGAAAGAGGUGGUCAAUAAACUGAUUCCAGACAGCAUUGGAAAAGACAUAGAAAAGGCCUGCCAAUCUAUUUAUCCACUCCAUGAUGUCUUUGUUAGAAAAGCAAAAAUGCUGAAGAAGCCCAGGUUUGAAUUGGGAAAACUCAUGGAGCUACAUGGUGAAGGUAGUAGUUCUGGAAAAGCUACUGGGGACGAGGCAGGUGCUAAAGUUGAACGAGUUGAUGGACAUGAGCCACCAGUCCAGGAAUCUGUUUAAAAAUCAGACUUUUAAUGGUGACAAAUAAA